AUGCAUCAUCCUUUCAUGGUAGGACCUCGCCAGGCGAUCGUCGGCACGAGCAGCAUCACCCAUGCACGCUCGUCGCCGUCUUCCCCGACGCAUCCAUUCGACACUGUGGGCGCGACACUGAGUAAAUCCGGUUACGGGCGACCCAUCUACGCCUCUCAGCAGACUCGGGCGUGUUACCCCUAUCCUUUGUCACCCCUACCGGCCGCAGGAGCCAGCGAAGGCGUUCUCCAGGCAGCCCGGUUGAUUCUUCCUCGGCACAUCGGGGACCGAAAGCAUGAAGAGGUUGGCAAUUACGCGAAGACGAAGAGGACAAUCGACGUUCGAAUCCGCUCCUUUACGGAUAGAGGGUGUCCACUUCCACGACGAUGGCUUUCGUACAUCCACCAGCCGCUUCUCCCGCGCAUCAGGCUGUCUCGUGGUGGAAACCGGGACGUGAAGAACGCUCAAGGCGCUCGUGCAUCACCGCACUCCGUACUGCAGCCACUCUUGAAUCUCUCGCCACUUCAUCUCGCACACGAAGUCAACAGGAAAGACAAGAGUUCUCUACUCAAACGUACGCCUAUUAUCUUGCCUUAUUGUACGUACUCGGUACACAUGCCCCUUGUCGAGCCCGACUUUGACUGUCGGACAGCGAACGCGCCGUUUGAGUUGAUUGCGGACGAAUAUCCCUUGUAUUGGAUAGUCCGAGUCAAAAGGAUGUCUUUCUACAUUUACGACCCCUCCCUCCUGUUUGUUGGCGAUGAUUCCGAAUCUCACGAGGGACACCCGACUGCCAGUGUCGCCAUAUCCUCCAACGACCUUCCAGAUUCCAAGGCAAACAGCGUGUGCGGCGAGACGCCUACGCUCGCCGACGACUUAGAGGCAGACUCGUACUUCGACUGGAAUGCCUACGAGUCAUCGACGACGACAGGGCAAGGCGACAGCAGAGGCAAAAGCAGCAGCGGCGGUGAGCGCACGCCGUCUCGACACAGCGGCGCGACUGGCGGCACCUCAGACCUAGGCGACAUCUGGAUCGACCGUCGUACCUCCGUCAACCUGUAG